CUUGUUGACUUGGAAACCAUCGAAAGCGUUGACGGUAUAGUUGGAGGAAAACACGAGCACUGUGGGAAUGAGGGCUCUACUUCGUGGAUUACUAUCCUCUUAUAUUCAGAAAGUGGGGCUUUACAAUGCCUGACAAUGCCAGCAGGUAAGACUGAAGAGCGGGCGAACACCCGGGAAAGAUUUAACGAGGUGUUCAAGAAAUAUACUGAAUCGGAGAAAAAAAAGUCAAAGAAGAAAGACACUGAAACGCAAGAAACUAUUGUGCUUCACAGUCUGAGGAGGAAUCUUAACCUUGAGAAGGACACAGAAGAUGAUGAGACCAUCCUACAGAACACAUAUGAUCCUGAGCAGGGCAGCCCUCGUUACACCAAGAAUAAAAGGAGAGAGAGGGAAAUAGCAGAAAAAGUCAACACCAACAACAGUGGAAACCAGGAAGAAGUUAAAUUGUCAAAAGCUAAGAGGAAGAGUAACAGGGAACUCCCCCCCCUCCCUGUACACGAGGACUCUUCAGGUUACAUCCAAGACAGCACAGAGGCCUCCAAAUCUGAGAGUGUUUUGGAUCAAGAGGAUGUUGGGGGUGGAAAGGAACCAAAAAGGAAAAGUAAGAAGGGGAAGAGCAAAGGAAACACAGAGAACACAGCAGAGAGCCAGGUGGAGGAUUCAGAGGACAAACUGCUGCAGGAAUACCAGCAGGCGAUUGCACAGGAAGAAGAGAGUGCUUUGAAGAAAACAACGGGAAAGCAGGAAAAUGAGAGCAUAAUCUCGCAGAAUGUAACCUUGAAUAAUGAUAUAGGGAAGAAAAAAAAGAAAAAGCUGAAAUCCAUUGUACUGGAAUCAGAUGUGGGGGAUCAAGAUGAGGAUGGAGCCCAAGAUGCAGAUGUAGAAAACGAAACAGAACCUAAGGGAAAGAAGAAAAAAAAGAAAAAGCAUGUUGUCAAAGAAGAAACUGAGACAGAGCCAGAGGAACAACAGAAGCCAGUCUUUGAUGACAGCCUUGUGUUGAGCGUGUUCAUCCACAGAACAGACCGCCUCAAGACACACCUAAUGAUCUCACACCCCAUGGUGAAGAUCCACGUUGUUGACGACAACACAGGGCAGUAUGUGAAGAAAGAACACAGCCAUCGGCCAGUGUCUUCAUUCUAUGAAGGAGAAAAAGUUGACCACAUCCUCCCCAUCAUGACCCAGCCUUUUGACUUUAAGAAGAACAAGUCCAUCAUCCCGGAGUGGCAGGAACAGAUCAUCUUCAAUGAGCGUUUUGGUUAUUUUGUUCAACAAAGUGAUCAAAACCCCAAAGUUGUACUUUUCUUUGAAAUCCUGGAUUUUGUGAGUAUGGAAGAAGCAAGAGCAAACGUCGAUGUUGACAAACAUGAGAGAGGGUUUAGAAAAAUCGCAUGGGCAUUUCUUCAGCUUGUUGGAACAAACGGUGUCCUGAAUAUUGAGAAUAAACUUCGUCUCCAGCUCUUCUGCCCUCCACCAAGAGCAAAGAGACAACAAAAAACAAUAGAGGUGGUAGAGUGGUGGAAGAAGUACCCGAGAACCAAAUAUGCCUCCACUCUGUACGUCACUGUGAAAGGAAUUAAAGUCCCUGAGCAUGUGGACCCAAGUUUCCGGUCUAUGAUGGCCUUACAGGAGGAGAGAGGCAGCACCUCCUACAGCGAGCUGCAGAACGAAGUCACCAAACGAAGCCUGACGCAACCCACGGACAUCAAGCAGCCCGUUCUGAGAUGGACUCGGCUACCUGGUCAGGUCUGUCGGAUUCCCAACAAGCACAUUUUGGCGUUCCGAGGUGGUCAGAUGGGCUGUCUCACAGUGUUGUUUUCUCAUGCUGGAACCAUACUGGCUGCUGCUUGUGCUGACAGAGAUGCUUUCCCUGUGGUUGUGUAUGAGAUUCCGUCUGGCAAGGUGUUAGCAGCCUUCAGUGGUCAUCUGAAAAUAGUUUAUGAUCUCUGCUGGUCUCGAGAUGAUCGGAGCUUGCUGUCUGCAUCCUCAGAUGGAACUGUAAGAGAGUGGAAUGUUGAAAGGCUUCAGGGAGCAGCGCAGAAGGUGCUCCCUCAUCCUUCCUUUGUGUACUGCGCUCAAUACCACCCCAGCGCCCAGAACCUGGUGGUGACUGGGAGCUACGACUGCCUGAUACGGGUGUGGAGACUCGACGUGGAUGAUGUGAACGGCCUGCAGCUGCAAGAGUUCGAAGGUCACAGCAGCUUCAUCAACACAGUUUGUUUCGACUCUGAAGGAAACAGAAUGUUUUCUGCCGACAAUGUGGGCCUCAUCAUUGUGUGGAAGACCUCAGUACAUGACGGCAGGCAGCGACAGCAGUCUUGUCAUCAGUGGUGCAUAGAGAAGAAAAUUGAUGAGCGUGACUUAAAUGGUAUCCCCGUCAACAUGCUGCAGCUACAUCCAAAUGGGCGGUGCCUGCUCAUACAUGCCAAAGACAGCACCUUGAGAAUGAUGGAUCUCAGGAUUCUGUCUGUGAAGAAGUACACUGGAGCCACAAACUACAAAGAGAGAAUCUAUAGCACAUUCACUCCAUGUGGGAACUUCAUUUUAUCUGGUAGCGAGGAUGGGAUGGCAUAUGUCUGGAAUACUGAUACAGGUGACCAGGUUGCGGUGUACUCGGAGCUUUGUUACCCCACAGCUCUCCACGGCGUCUCUUUCCACCCUCAUGAGAACAUGGUAGCUUUUUGUGCCUUUGGUCAGAAGCAGCCUGUGCACGUGUACCUGUACGACCGCAAAGUUUCUCAGCUGGAGAUGCACAGUACCAAAGCAGCCAGCAGGUCAGCUUCCACCGACACCAGAACAGUGAGAAACACACCUGACGCCAUGGCCCUGCAGGAUUCAUGUGCUUCUUCAGCCAUGGAUCAGUUUGCCCACACAGCAAGGCUCGCAUUGAAGAUGCAGUCUGUUAAAGAACGCUUGGACUCAGUUCUGGAAUCGCAUCGAAAGUCUUCAGCUUCUGGAUGCCUUUAUGACCAAGAAAAAAUGGGAAGGACUUUUACAUCGGAGGCUGGCACAAUGGGAUUAAAUGCCUCGCUGCCGCCUGCCUCUCUGCUCUCGCCGCUCUCCAAACUGCAUCUCUCUGGUUCUUCGGCGGAACAGCUUAUCCCCCAAGCAGCUCUAAACACGCUAAACCGGGGGUUUAGUCCAGUCAACCAGCGUCUUAAAGGGGCUUCACUUUUAGGUCUCCAAGCGGUGGAAACGGAUUACGCCCCUGUUCAGCAAACAGUGGUUUCCCUCCAUGACUACAGGGCCAGUCGGUCUGAUGAGCUGACCAUUCGCUGCGGUGAUGUUAUCCAAGUCCUGUACAAAGACAAUGACACGUGGUGGUUUGGGCGUCUGGCCAAUGGAUUGCAGGGAUAUUUUCUGGCUUCUUAUGUAGUGGAUCAGAAAGAGUCUGCAGACGCACAGGGAGCUUUGUCUGAGGGGACUGUUGAGAGGUCAACUCCCACCAGGGUGUCUGCUGCAGUUAGUUCUUCUGGGGAGCUUAGGUUUCUCUCUGAGCCCACUCUUUCGGACACUGAACCCGAGCUGGCCAACACAAAAGCUAGAAGGAAAAAGAAGGUGAAAAAGCCAGGAGAAGCCCCAGUGUCUUCACAGGCCGUGUUUUCAGAUGAGGGUACUUCAGGAUCGGUCAGAAGCAAGAGAGGCCGGUCAGCAGACAGGCCUCUCCCAAAGAGGCCGGCGGGCCACUCCAACCGUGCCUUUGAGCCCGAUGCUUGAACUCACAAAUAUUGCUUUUCACUUCUCUCUACUCUCUAGCAAGAUUUUUUUUGUGUGUUUUUAAUGAGUAGUUUUUUUUAACGAUGUUCAUAUUUUAUAUUGUGAAAUGCAACCAAAUUCCUCAGCUAUAAUGUACGUCAUAAAGUUUUCAAAACAUUGAUCAUGUAUGUUCUAAAUGAUUUAUUUAUACACAGAGCGGAUGAACGAUGUGUAAUGAUAUAGUUCUACUUUUGUAAAAAUAAUAAUUGUACAUUUAAUUUGUUGCAUUAAA